AUGGCGGCGACAGAAAGUACGCCUCUGUUGGCCAGACCAGCGACCAAGAGUCGACGGGAGUUUGCGAUGAUGAUGGCAGGACUAUGGAGCUUCGCCUUUAUCGCCAGUCUCGAUGGUACAAUUGUCGCGACACUGCUCAGCACCAUUGGCUCGUCUUUGCAGUCGUUACAAACUGCUUCAGCGUGGCUUGGGACAGCUUAUCUUCUCUCAUUGACCACAAGCACCCCGCUCUAUGGCCGGCUCGCGAAUAUCCUUGGUCGUCGCCCAAGCAUCAUGCUAGCUGGCUUUUUGUUCGCGUUUGGGACCAUCUUGUGUGGUUGUGCGACCACCAUCUGGCAGUUGGUAGCUUUGCGUGCAAUUGCAGGGCUUGGUGGGGGUGGUUUGACGGUCGUGGGCUCGGUCAUCGUGUCGGAUGUAGUCCCACUGAAAAGUCGUGGAUUGUAUCAAGGCUUCGCAAACCUUCUCUUUGGCUUGGGUGGUGCUGUUGGAGGUCCUUUGGGAGGCUAUUUGGGCGAUACCAUUGGCUGGCGUGCUGCCUUUCUUAUCCAAGGUCCAAUUCUUGCAAUCGGGCUUUUCCUUGUCUUCGUCACUGUCGCUGAACCACCACAUAUUCUCGCUGCGGAAGGAGUGUCUCUACUUUCCAAGUUGAAACGUAUCGACUACGCAGGAGUCAUUCUUCUCACCACUUGUCUUGUCGCCUUUCUGCUCGGAAUGAACUACAAGACCAUCUUCAACCACGAAUGGUCAGAUCCACUGGUCUGGGGCUUUCUCCUCAUAUCAAUCCUACUAUUUGUCGCAUUCAUUGCCAUAGAGUUCAAGAUUGCCGCAGAACCAAUAAUGCCUGUGGCAAUGCUGCACCAGCGGACACCGCUGUUUGUCGCCAUCCACAACUUUAUCCUAUCCGUUUUGUCAUUCUCGACGCUCUACAAUGUCCCCCUCUUCUUCAUCGCGGCCCUUCUCCGCACAUCCGCCAACGCUGGGGCCCAUCUUGUGCCCAACUCGUUCGCUGUUGCCGUAGGCUCGCUCUUUGCCGGCUGGUACAUGCGACAUACUGGCCGGUAUUGGACACUCCAAGCUUUCGGAGGCUCGGGAUUGAUCUUGGCCAACAUUGUGCUAUCGACAUGGAGCAGGGAGACACCCGAAUGGGUGCUGUAUGUGACCCUCAUGCCGUCUGGCUUCGGGCUAGCGAGCACGCUGACGACGACGUUGCUCGCGCUUAUAGCGAGCGUGCCGCGCGAGGACAUACCGCUUGCGACCGGACUUUCGUAUCUCUUCCGGACGACGGGGCAGGUGCUCGGCGUCAGUUUGAGUGCGGCGGUGACCCAGACGUUGCUCGCAAAGGAGUUGAGAAGGAGAAUCGACGACGACGAAAUUAUCAGCAACAUCCUUUCGUCGACGACCUACAUCCGGACCCUGCCGCCGCAUCUCCAGGAAGAGGCAACCGCGAGUUGGAUGAAGGCUCUACACGUCGUUUUCACGUGCCAGAUUGUUGUGGCUGUCGCACUCUUCUUUUCGUCACUCCCGGUUGAGGAGCUACCAUUGCCUGAUACUGUCGAUAAUGCUGUUAAGCCAAGCGAGAGAAGGUCGGACAAUUCAGCAAUAGAAGUGCAGGAUCAGCAGUGA